CUCUCCUCCCAACAAGCUUCGACCUCAUCUUUCCAACAAGAACCGCACGGAAUAAACAUCAAACCGGCCACAACCCACCCGGAAAAGACGACAUACCCCGCCCUCCACCCCCAAAAAAUGGCCUCCCCCUCCUCCGUCCACUCCAAAGCCCACGCCUUCGCAACCUCCUACGCCGCCGCCAUGGCCCUCUCCCAAGACCCCUCCACCUCCUCCCCCCUCUCCGUCGCAACCGCCCUAGCAGCCCACUACUCCCCCAACCACACGACCUUCUCCCUCGGCAGCGUCAACCAAAUGGGCUCCGACCCCAUCCCCAUCGUCACGGGAUACCUCAACAUGCUCACCGCCUGCGGUCUCGGGUACAACAUCCACGUCACCAACACGCGGGUUGAGGUUAUCAGUGAUGCGGCGGCGGCGGUGUGGAUGACGUUUCGGAUUGAGCCGGCUGAGGGGGCGGGGGUGGAGGGAUGGGAGUGGACGAAUGUUUAUGGGUACAGGGAUGGUGGGAAGCAGAAUGGGUUGAGCGUGGAGGGGAAGUGGGAGUAUGCGAUUUCGGAUCAGGAGAUUGAGGGGGUGUUGAAGAGGAGGCCGGAUUUUUUGAGGGGGUUUGGGGCGGCUUAG